AUGGAUUCGUUGAAAGAUGUAAAGCUGAGUCUGGAUGACUCGACUGGUGUUGCCAUCAUCCGUCUUGAUCGUCCAGCCAAACGGAACGCCUUCUCGCAGAACACGAUUCACGAGCUGGUCUCGGCUUUGAGUCACCUUGAUGCUUUGGACUCUGUACGAGCUGUCAUUUUAGCAGGCAACCCGGACGGACCAUUCUGCGCGGGCAUGGACAUCAAUGAGCUAUCACAACUCGACACCUUGGCUGCUCACGAACGUUCGUUUCUCAAAGAUCUGACGGAUGCGUUUGCACAAUUCACAAAGCCCAUCAUAGCCGCGGUCAUCGGACUUGCUGCAGACAUCAUCUAUGCUGCAGACGAUGCACUAUUUGGUCUCCCCGAAGUCAAAAUUGGCACCAUCCCUGGCGCUGGGGGUACACAAAGAUUGGCCAGAGCGUUGGGCAAGCACAAGGCUAUGGAAUUGAUCUUGACUGGCGAUUCCAUCUCAGCUUCGGAGCUCGCCCAGUACGGACUUGUCAACAAAGUCUUUCCCCGUCAGGAAGUGGAGAGUGAAAGUAUUAAACUCGCUCGGAGACUUGCGACCAAAUCAGCCCCCGUGCUCAAGUUCGGCAAGAAAGCUGUUCUCACCGGUAAGCAUUCACUGUGA